ACCCUCGAAAUAAAUCGCCGAUCUUUUCGUCUUCAAUCCAUCGCUGCUUCCGCGACUAGAAAACCCUCUCUCUGUAUCUCUUCUCAUCUUUUCAAGAUUCUCGCAGUGGACUCUAGGGUUUGGAUUCGAUCUGGUGAAUCUGGCGAUGGACUACGAUCCCUCCGACAGCAGCGGAACAGAUGAUGAUCUUCCUCCAUCACAUCAGAAUAGAGUCUCAAGGGGAAGCCAUGUUACAGGAAAUGGAAGAACUGCCGCUGUGGGUGUUCCUCCAUAUCCAGGGAUCAAACACAACGAUAUGGAGACCCAGAUCCACCAGCUCGAGCAAGAGGCAUACAGUUCAGUUCUGAGGGCCUUUAAAGCCCAAUCUGAUGCGAUUACUUGGGAAAAAGAAAGCUUGAUAACUGAACUUAGAAAGGAGCUGAGAGUAUCUGAUGAGGAACACCGAGAGCUUCUUGGCAGGGUUAAUGCAGAUGACAUCAUCCGGAGGAUAAGGGAGUGGAGACAGGCUGGCGGUCUCCAAGCUGGCUUCCCCAGUGCUUCUCAGCCCGUUCAUGACACAAUACCCAGUCCUACUGUUUCAGCAUCUCGCAAGAAACAAAAGACAUUGCAAUCAGUGCCUUCUCUAUCAUUAGGUGCACCAUCCCCUGCUUUGCAGCCACAAACAUUUGCAGCUUCUGUGCAGCCGUCACCAUCAGUUGUGAAAAGAGGAGCUGUGCCAGGAGCCAAGAGCAAGAAGCCUAAAUCAUUUCCUUCUACAUGUCCACCUGGAAGGGGCCAACUCGUGAAUCGGGAUACCUCUGGCGCCUUUGUGGUGAAUGAACCUGCUGAAGCAGCAACUUUUGAUCCUCUAGUUGGGCGGAAGGUGAUGACAAGGUGGCCCGAAGAUAACAACUUCUAUGAGGCUGUUAUAACUGACUACAAUCCUACAACGGGUCUGCAUGCUCUGGUUUAUGAUAUAAAUACAGCAAAUGAGACAUGGGAAUGGGUCAAUAUCAAAGAGAUUUCACCUGAAGACAUCCGAUGGGAAGGUGAGGAUCCAGGUGUCUUUCGUCAAACUGGCCGUGGUGGUCCAGGGCGCGGGACUAAGAAGUCCCUGGGUCGUGGCAGUGCCACUCUGGGUGCAGGCAGAGGGCGAGGAGGCUCCAAGGUCCAGAUCAAGAAAGAAUUCCAACUAUCACAAAAUGGCAUAGGGAAGAAGUGUUCAGAUGAUAUCGAAAUACUUCAUACAGAUACUUUGAUUAAGGAGGUGGAGAGGGUCUUCGGUUCAAGUCAUCCUGAUCCUCUCGAGAUUGAGAAGGCAAAGAAAGUGCUGAAAGAGCAUGAGCAGUCACUGGUUGAUGUCAUUUCAAGGCUAGCAGAUGCAUCCGAUGGCGAAAGUGUUCUUUUGGCUGAAACAGAAGAGGGUGAGCAUCACUUCUCGCAUGGGCAGUCCAUGGAUCGGGAACAAGGGCGGAAAAAUCAACAGCAUGGCAGCGAAAAACAGUAUGAAGAUGUGUACGAAGGUCAUGGGGAAGGCUGCGCCCAAAUGGCCAGAGGGGCAAGAGUAACUGCUGAUGGCCAGCAGGAUGGUGACGGAGACAUCUGAUCUACUGACCACUCGGCCAAAUUUGCUGCCACCAACAGAUGAUCGAUGGUGAACAUCUCACCUGUAAACUGCCACGUACUAGGUAGUUUUUAUUAUUCGUACUCAAGAGGGCAGCUUGCAAGGAUAUCUUCCAUGGUGACUGAUGUUUCUACAUACACAAAAUCAUCUUGAGAAAAGGCUAGGAUGCUCCUGUAAAAUUAUAGAAAGAGUAAAUUGUUUUUUUUUUUUUUUUAAAUUGAUAAUUGUAGGGGAGUAAAUGCAAAGAAUGUAAAAAUGACUGCCUUUUUCCUCGUUUAAGGUUGCAACUGUUUGGUAA